GGGGCCGAGGUCCCGGGGGGCGGGUGGAGGCCGGGGUCCCGGCUCCUGGGAGGGGAUCGUGUUCGGGCCGCAGGGACGCCGCCGGGGCCUCAGUUUCCCCGCCCGCUUCUCACGAGGACGUGGGGUGGCCGCGUGGGGUGGGAUGGUGCCCGGGGCCGCGAUGCCCCCAUCCGGCCCCUGGCGACGGUUGGCAUCAGUGGCUGCGGUUUCUUGGCGCAACCCCGCAGCCGCAGUUUCCUGCACCCGGGCUCGGGGGGAGGGCGCACAGAGGGACCCCUGUGUAGGGUAGGCGUCCGGCGCUCAGGUACCCAGAGGUGGCCUCAUGCAGACCUGCCACACUCUCAGCCAGGCGGGACCAUGGGCUGGGGAGCCGGAGGGAGCUGCACCCCGCGCCCACCCAUCCGCCAACAGACGGCGCAGGAGACGCGCGUGAUCACUGUGGUCUUCCUCGGCCUCCUGCUGGACCUCCUGGCCUUCACUCUGCUCCUGCCCCUGCUGCCAGGGCUGCUGGAGAGCCACGGCCGUGCCCACGACCCCCUGUAUGGCUCGUGGCAGCGAGGCGUGGACUGGUUUGCCGCAGCGAUCAGGAUGCCAGCCGAGAAGAGGUACAACAGCGUCCUGUUCGGAGGCAGGUCUGGCCACUUCGUAUGCCGUGUGGGCUGCUUCGAGGAGCUUCGCAGCCUUCCUGGCCUCCAGGGUGAUUGGGGGCAUCAGCAAGGGGAACGUCAGCCUCUCCACGGCCAUCGUAGCUGACCUGGGCUCACCUUCCGCCCGCAGCCGAGGCAUGGCAGUCAUCGGGGUGGCCUUCUCCCUGGGCUUCACCCUGGGCCCCAUGCUGGGUGCCUCCCUGCCCGCGGAGACGGUACCCUGGCUCGCCCUGCUCUUCGCUGCCUCCGACCUGCUGUUUAUUUUCUGCUUCCUGCCGGAGACCCUGCCCCCAGAGAAGCGGGCACCCUCCAUCACCCCCGGGUUCCGAGCCGCUGUGGAUCUGCUCAGCCCCCUGGCCCUGCUCCGUUUCUCGGCUGUGGCCCGCGGCCAGGACCCACCUGCUGGAGACAGACUUGGGAGCCUUCGCCGCCUGGGCCUGGUGUAUUUCCUCUACCUCUUCCUGUUUUCGGGCCUGGAGUACACCCUGAGCUUCCUUGCCCAUCAGCGCUUCCAGUUCAGCAGGGCUGACUCCCACCCUGGCUCGGCGGACCGUGGAGAACCGGCUGUCACCCUGGCUCCCUGGUUUGGCCACGGGGAGCAGGGGCGAGGCACUCACAGCUCCCCCGCUCCCAGCCUGCAGCAGGGAAAGAUGUUUUUCUUCAUCGGCCUCACCAUGGCCACCGUGCAGGGUGCCUACGCGCGGAGGAUCAGCCCUGGCGGGGAGAUUGCAGCUGUGAAGCGGGCCAUCCUGCUGCUCGUGCCCGCCUUCCUCCUCAUCGGCUGGGGGCUCACGCUGCCUGUGCUGGGCUUGGGGUUGCUGCUGUACUCCUUCGGUGAGUGGGUCCUCCCAGGGCCAGGGCGGGAGCAGCAGGGAGCCGGGAGCCAGGAAUCCUGGGUCACAGCCCUCCCUGGUGUCUCCCACCAGCUGCCGCAGUCGUGGUGCCCUGCUUGUCCUCUGUGGUUGCCAACUUUGGCUCGCCCAGGCAGAAGGGCACGAUCAUGGGCACCCUGCGGAGCCUGGGCGCCCUGGCCAGGGCGGUGGGACCCAUGGUGGCUGCCUCAGUGUACUGGCUGGCAGGGGCCAGGGUCUGCUUCACCGUGUGCUCUGGCCUCUUCCUGCUCCCCCUCCUGCUCCUGUGGAAUCUGAGGCCUCCAGCCCACGCACUCAAGGCCGAGUAGCUGAGCCAGCCCCGCCCCGAGCUGGGGGAGAGGAGGCCUGGGCCGGGGACCCCCCGCCCCGGGCACAGCCCAGGACAGCCCAGGGCCUGUAGCCCCAGAGGGCCCGAGACACUCACAGCCCCUCCCUAGGUGUGGACGGCCCUGUCAGGCUGGGGGCAGUGACUCCAAACCCUUCCAGGCUUUCUGUUGGCUUCUCUCUCAGUGACAGUGUCAGCCAGGCCUCUGAAUGACAAAAUAAAGCAGCUAUUUUAUA